AUGGCCUCGCAAGAGAAAAUCACUGUCCACAAUUUGGCAGAUCUAAAGAACACGUCCGAUGAUGCUAUUCCCAACUACCUGAACUCGUUGAAGUUCAAGCAGAUCCACACUCUCACCGAUACACGCCUCGCGCUAGGAUACAGUGCCUUUGCCAUCGCCGGCGCCUGCUUUGCUUGGGAUUACAAGUUCGGCUUCGAGAGCACCAAAUAUUACACCGCUGCCGCCGUAGCAAUCUACGCUCUAUUGAACGCUGUUCUCACAUACUGGAUUGCCUACGUUGAGAAAGGUGUCGUGUACCAAGGAGUUUCGCCCAGUGGAGAAAAGAUUUCGAUAUCCACCUCUACCAAGAAGAACGUGCCCGAGUACAAUGUCAAUAUCUCAAUAACUUCCAAGAAUGGCAAGACGGAAACAAUCGAAAUCAAGCGCUCGUUCACCGAAUGGUUCGACUCGGCUGGCCACUUCAUCGCACCUCCUUUCCAGACCCUAUUCGCGACCUCGGUUCCCCUGAUCGCAAAGGCUGAUCCGAAGAGAAUCGAAGCUGCCAAGCCUGCUCAGCCCUCGCAAUCGAACUUUACAGAUAUGGACCCAGAGCUGUUGGACGCCUUGGCUGCCGGCUCAACAGGAGCUGAGCCCGAAGCCUCGGGCAAAAAGUCGAAGAGAAGAAAGGCGUAA